UAUGGAGCUGCUUAAUUAGACAUUUAAAGUGGUAGAGUUUUCAGUAUUAUAGUAACUUUGAAAAAAUAUAUUUGAACAUGAACUUAUACUAGUGUGUCCAAGCAAUGGUAAUGAUGGUGUGAGUAGAAUGGAAGCAAUGGUACUUGUAGAACAAUUUUACUAGUAGAAUGCUAGUAGUGGAAUGAUAGUAGUUGCUGUAGAAUGGUAGGAGAGGCAGUCUGUCAGAGCUCUGAAAGGGGAAAGAGAUAGAGAUGGUAUAUUUUUUUCUCCCUUGCAGACAUCAUUAAUUGUGUGUAAGGAACAGACUGGAUAUUAAAUAAAAUACCUGACACUGUAUAAACACUAAGGGCAACGCCUGUAUUUAACAUGCAUAUCUCUGAUAGCGUUUAGACCACACUGAAAUUGACCUGGCAAGGCUACACAUCUAGAUAACAGAGAUGUGAGAGAGCCAGUUAAAAGGCUCCUUUGCAUCCACGUUACUCAAGCAGACCACUGGGAAGUCAAGCAGACAAAAGCUUCAGCCCCAAAACAAGCGUCCGUCUGCUUGGUUUCUUAGAGGUUUGCCUCGCCAGUCUUUGGCAGCUCCGUCUUUGUGUUUCUCUGUAGAAUCAGCCUUCAGGCUCGAACUCACCAAACAGGGGGAACAGGGAGGGCCGGCACAGUGCAUUGUGGGACUGAGGAGGGCGAUCUGGACCAACACCUGUUGUGAUGUUGUCUGGACACGUUAUUCAUACAUGACAAUACAGAGCAGUACCAGGAAGUUAGAUUAAAUCAUUAGAAAUGUCUUGGGAUAGCUUACCAGCAAGGAGUGGAUAUUCCAAAGCAUUCAAGAGCUGGAUUUAACAGGACCAAUCACCUCUCUCACGCGUGUAUCCCUCCACCUCAGCCUUGCAGGAUCUACUUUCCCCCUGUCGGUGCUAUGACUUCAGAAGAGAGCGAUGUAGUCGGCAAAACCAACAUGAGCUGCUCCACGCCGGAGGGCCCCGGCUGUGAUUCCUCCGAGCUCGAUUGCACGGUGUGCUUCUGCCCCUUCGACAAUGUCUUCAAGGCCCCCAAAGUCCUGAGCUGCCAUCACACCUUUUGCCUGGAGUGCUUGGCCCGCAUGAAUGUGUCCUCCGUGGAAAACAAGACCCUGGUUUGCCCGUUAUGCCGCGAGGAAACCCAGUUGGAGACAGGGAAGGCGCUGCCAGACCUGCCCAACAACCUGGAGCUGAUUGGUAAGCUGGCCCCGGAGAUGCAGGGUGCCGUCUCGGUGAGGUUUAACCGAAGCAAAGGCCGCCUGUGGGUUAAAAAGAAGAUGGACCCUGCCUCCCUGAUCAAGCCCAGCAAGGUGGACAGCAUCAGCCUCUCUUUGGAUGUCGGCCGCCCCCCUUCCAGGGUCAGGACCGAGGCCUCCAGGCUGCUCCUUUCCACCUGUAGCUGCUACACUGCCAUCGCCAGCAUGGUCGUGGUGACCGUGGUUCUGGUCCUGUCUGGGAUUCUUAUAUUCGUGCUGGUUCCCAGGUUACAGUAUAGCCAGUAUAUGCUCAACCAAACUGUCACACACGUUUAUAAUAUAUCCAUCACACCCCCACUGCCAAACAGCACUCAGAUUUAAUAGAAGGGAUCGCCGGAGUGUUUAAGGAGGCACUAGCUGAUGGAAUGGUUCAUUCCUCUUGUUGUGCAUUUCCAUUCGUUGUCUCUCAGGUGCAGUUUGGCAAGAAGUGUUUAAAUGACUGUUUUCUGUAUUGAAGAGCAGACUUGCUAUAGAGUUUCCCUUGCUGGAAUUAGAGACUGGGAAUUGGAGAGUGAUCUCUUAUCCCCCCGUAGGAUUUUGAAAAGCGCCUUGGAGCCUCGCUGCUUGUCAAGUCCACCGUGCACACUACAGUGAUUGUCUUUGUAAAUAGCAGGAGUUAUGUGGCUUGUAUUCUUUCAAGAUGUCCUUUUUAUAUACUGUAAACAAAACUAAUGUACAGAGUUUUAUGGAAAUGUAACUGUUUUUUGUUAGUUUGUUUUUGAACUGAAGAGCAGCUCAGGAAAAAGCACCUUAGCACUUUUCUCAAAUACUGAGUUAUUAACAGCCUUCCUCAUUCCAUUCAAGUCAUGUGACAAUGUGACCCACCCACUCUAUAGAUGUACAGACAGAGAGGGUAGGUGGGGCUGACAGAUGAUGAGAUUAAAGGAUGAUAAUUCAGCACUGAAGGAACCGAAUCCAGAAACACUCACAAUGACUGCAAGCCCUGUAAAACAAUAAAGGAAACAUAAAAACAUGAAAAUGAUGCUUGAAGCUAUUUGUUCUUUUAUUAGUGUUUAAACUCUCCCUCUCUUCAUUUCCCUCUCCUCUCUCUCUCCCCUGCUUCUCUCU